AUGUCUUUCACCUACGUCAAGGCCACUUGCCACUGCGGCAAAAAUGUCUUUCAAAUCCCAUUCGAGACCUCCAAGCUUCCUCUCGCCAGCGACCUCUGUCACUGUAACUCGUGCAGGCAUGUCACUGGGACUAUGGGCGUACACACCGCCCAUAUGAAAGGCCGCCCUCUCACCGCCGAUUCUGGUCCCGAAUCCCAGAAACCCGCCGACCUGUCCAACCUCAGCCAGUACAAUGUCAGUUCAAGCCUCACGCGCCACUUCUGCUCCACCUGUUCAGCGUACAUGUUGUACGAGACGACCCACGAAGACGGUCCAUCAACUUUCAGCGUUUCGACGGGUUCGUUGGAAAGAGUGGAGGGGAUCGUCAAGGUUGGCUAUCACGCCUUCCUUGGAGAUACUCUGGACGGCGGCAUGGCGGACCAUUACCGCGUCUUGGAUGGAGUUGAGAUUCCUCGCUAUGAGGGCGAGGAAGGUGGUCCCACUUUACCUCUUGGGUGGAAAGCGGAGAGUAUCAGCAAGAAGACGGACACUUCAGCCGAACUCGAUGAUGAGAAGCUCGCCGCCUACUGCCACUGCAAGACGAUCUCCUUCUAUCUCACUCGCGCGACACAGGAAGCUGCGAAGGACGAAGCCACCUUUUGGCUUGUCCCGGCCAAAGAUGAUGACCCGACUUCCCGCCCGCGAUUUAUGUCCGGCCACUGUUUCUGCACAUCCUGCAGGUUAAGCAGCGGGUCUACCAUACGAAGUCACUCGAUCGUCCCACGUGAGAACAUUAUCGACCCUCGCACCUCCCUCCCCAUAUCCCUCGCCACGGAAAGCAAGCGUCCGGAGGGGCUGAAGAAAUAUGAGAGCUCUCCAGGGACGUAUCGUGAGUUCUGCGGGACGUGCGGAGCGAGCGUGUUUUAUUGUCCGAGCGCCCAAGGGAAGGGGCAUGGUUCGGUCGAUACUGAUGGCGAGCCGAGUGUUGUGGGCAUCGGGGUGGGCUUGCUCGACGAGAACGACAGCGGCGCGAGGGCGGAACGGUGGUGCUUCUGGUCUGAGAACCUCUUUCAUCCCGAGGAUGCCAUCGACAAGGCAGGGUUGGAGGCCGUGAAAGAGGCGGUGAAAACUGCGGGCUCGGUGUCAGCGUAG